AAAUUUAAUAAUGUAUUAUAUAGUAGAUGUUUGAUUUAAUGUACCCAAUGUUUGAUAUUUUUCAAGUGGCAGAAAAUAGAUGGAUUAAAUUUGUCAUAAACUUAAAGAAGAAAAUAACUAGCACUUUGAAACACUGUGUAUACAUUUGUUAAUAAUUAUACCUAAUAUAUUGUUGGUAUUUCUUGAGUGUUAUUACUUAUUGGGUUAAUAUACUUAAUAUUGGUUAGGAAUAAAAGGCAAAAAUAUUUAGUCACUCCUAAGUUCUCACUCUGUGUUUAUAAAUCUUAAUAAAUACAUCUACUUUAUGUAAUUAAAUGUCUAUCCAUAAAAAUAAUGUAUCACUCAGUAGAAUUUGAAGGAUAUGAAUCAACUAAUGUCAGUGAAGAUAAUGUGCCAAUUGGAUCUUUAGAUUACCUUUCUACAAAAUAUGAGAGUUUAGAUUAUGAAGUAAUUGAAAAUGAAUUAUACUGCAAAGAAGAAGAAAAUAAAGGAUAUAGAUAUGUCGUACAAAAAGAUUUUUCUAGAUGGAUGACAUUUUUUUGGAUAGGAGUUAUAGUUGCUUGUGUUGGAAUAAUCAUUUACAUUGGCAUUGAAGUAGGAACAAAUUUUAAGUUCAAUAUAAUCAAAAAAUAUUUUGAUGAGAGUACACUACAAAAUAAUGGCAUGCUUAAACCGUAUUUGGUAGCACUUAUACUUAAUUCUGUUCCUUCAGUAAUUGGAUCGUACCUCAUAGUUUAUGUUGAACCUAUGGCAAAAGGUUCUGGUAUUCCUGCGGUGAAAUGUUUUUUAAACGGAAUCAAAGUACCAAGAUUGAUUAGAUUGAAGACGUUAAUUGUCAAAGUUAUUGGUGUUAUUUCUGCGAUAUUAGGUGGCUUGUGGGGUGGUAAAGAGGGUCCAAUGAUUCACGCGGGAGCUAUUAUAGCAGCUGGUAUUUCCCAGGGAAAAAGUACAACAUUCAAUAAAGAUUUGGGUGCUUUGAAUUUUUUUAGAGAAGAUCAUGAAAAAAGAGAUUUUGUAUCUGGCGGAGCUGCAGCCGGAAUAGCUGCUGCUUUUGGUGCUCCAGUUGGAGGUUUGUUGUUCAGUUUGGAAGAGGGUGCUAGUUUUUGGAACCAGGCACUAACGUGGCGUAUAUUUUUCGGGUCAAUGAUCUCGAUGUUUACGCUAUAUUCUGUUUUAAGUGCUUAUCAUGGCCAUCCAGGUGAUCUGACUUAUAGGGGUUUGUUAAAUUUCGGAAAGUUUGAUGAUUUGUCAUAUCAUAUAUUAGACAUUCCCAUUUUCAUUUUUAUGGGUAUAUUAGGUGGAUUAACAGGAGCAUUAUUUUGUCAUUUAAAUUUAAAAUUGGUUAAAUUUAGAAAAAGAUACGUUGAUACAAAUUGGAAAAAAGUUUUAGAAGUUUUAAUCAUAUGUUCAGCAACAGUAACAACAAGUUUUUUACUUAUCUUAUGGACUAAUGAUUGUAAAAAAUUGGGUAUUGAUCCAACAGAAUAUCCCAUUCAGUUUGAAUGUAAAGAUGGUGAAUUUAACGUUAUGGCUGCUUUAUGGUUUCAGCUUUUAGAGGGGGCAGUUCGGUCACUAUUUCAUGAUCCUCCAGUGGAUUUUAGUGGCGGUGUUUUAAUACCUGGGUUGUGCACUGGAGCUGCAUGGGGACGUCUUGUUGGUCUCGGAGUACUUAAUAUUUUUCCAAAUACAAAUAUAGGUAUAUAUUCAUUAAUUGGUGCUGCGUCACAAUUAGGUGGAAUUACAAGAAUGACAAUUAGUUUGACAAUUAUAUUAGUAGAAGCAACUGGAAGUAUAACAUUUGGGUUACCUCUUAUGAUUUGUUUAAUGACGGCUAAGUGGGUUGGCGAUUUUUUUUCUGAAAGCAUAUAUGAGUCACAGAUCCAGAUGAGUGGUAUGCCAUUAUUAGCUUGGGAUCCACCACCAUUAUCUUCUAAUACUUACGCCAAACAUUUUAUGACGCAUCCAGUUAUUACAUUUAAGAUGAUAGAAUCUGUCGAGAACAUUGUAAAAAUAUUAAAAACAUAUACACACAAUGGUUUUCCUGUGAUUGAAUAUGUUCAAAAUAAUGAAUUAGGGAACAAUUAUGAAAAAUGCUAUCUACGUGGUUUAAUAUUACGAUCUCAGCUAAUAGUUCUUUUGCAAAAGAAAAUAUUUGAUAGGCCUCUGACUAAUUAUUGGGACUCAGUGACAGUGGAUAUUUUUAGAGAAGACUAUCCUAGGUAUUCAAGUAUUGAAGAUAUUGAAUUGAUACAGAAUGACCUUAAAUUAACAAUUAAUUUAUCAAAAUAUAUGAAUCCAUCUCCAUAUGUUGUCCAGCAUACAAUGUCAAUGCCACGAGUUUUUAAAUUAUUCAGAGCCAUGGGACUAAGACAUAUAGUUGUUAUUAAUGAUUCAAAUGAAGUUGCUGGAAUAGUCACGCGAAAAGAUUUAGCUCGGUAUAAAGUAAAAAGUCAUAUGGGUAAAAUUAGUGUAAACGAACUUAAGUUAUCAAAUAAAAUGGAUUAGAUAAAUAAUUUUUCCACAACAACUUUAAAUGGUUUAAUUUGCUUAUAA